UAAAACAAAUAUCUGAUAAGUAUGUAUAUGGUCUUGCGGGUGGAAAGAGCAAAGAAUAUGUUGAUUUUAAUGUACAUACGGAUAUGACACCUUUAAUCACUCCAAAUGUAACAACGUUUGUAUUAAGACCAAUAUCAAUGAAUAUUUAUUAUCAAGAAGAAACUUAUUAUGAUCUUGGUUCGAUUAUAUCGAGUAUUGGUGGAUUCUUCAGUUCCUUAUCUGGAAUCUUUGUAUUUUUAUUUGGAGCAUCUAAAUUAGCACCAUGGGGAUUUUUGCAAAUAUAUGUAUUUAAUUGCCUAUGUAUAAGAUAUCAAAGAAAACUUGCAAAGAAGCUUAAAAGUAAAUACGAACCAAUUCCAUUCAUUAGUGGAAGAACUAAAAAUUUUACUUUAGAAGAGCGUAUUCAAAGUAUGGAAAAUUUGCUUGAAGAAUAUUAUCUUGAUACGAAUUUUUUGAAUUUAUUAAUAGAAGAAAAUAAUGUUGAUGAUAAAGUCUAGAUUAUUACUGCGGCAUAAAAUUUCUUGAAUAUCACCUAAUAAAUUACAAAUUACAAUUAUUAAUUGUUUGUUAUUGUAAUGACUGUAUGAGCUUUACUAAAAAUAACUUUUUGACGUAAUUUAUUAUUCAGUAAAUUUACAAUCAGAAUUUAGGCGGUCCGGAGUUUUUAAUCCACGAAGUCGAAUCUCAUAAUGUCUGGCAAAUUAUAGUGACCAAUCAAGGGACGUAUACAUCACGUGAUCGCACACGGUAGUCUUCCUUUAACGUUUGAGAGUUAAGUUGUUU